AUGCAGCCCUUUAAACAUGUGACUGGUGAUUUAAGUUACUUCGGUCUUUAUAGGGCUCUUCUUACCCCUGUACAUCGUCAGUUGAGAGAUCAUGAUAACAACGAUCUUUCGAAACGAACCCGUUCUAUUUUCUCUUUUCAUCUGAAGAAUUCAAGUUUUUUCCUCAAAUCAGAGCUUAUUCAUUUCAAAUUACUCAAAGUCUUGGAGUUGAGACACAUAGAGAUUGAUAAUUUCCCUCUACAGAUAUUAAGUCUCAUCUGGUUGAGGUACCUAUCAUUGGUCUGCAAUGCGGAUUUUGAUGUACCUCCAGAAAUUUGCAGGUUAUGGAAUCUGCAGACAUUCAUUGUUCAAGGGUCGCAGACAGUUAUAACUUUUCCUGAGGAAAUUUGGGGUCUAAUGCAAUUAAGGCAUCUCAAAGUGAAGAGAGUUUAUCCGCCAAAUCCCCCAAGCGUAUCUGCUGGCAAAGGUAGUCACACGGGUUUUUCAAACAUACAAACUACUUCUUACUUAUCUUCCUGUUGUUGCACAAAGGAGGUUAUUUCGGGGAUUCGGAAUGUUAAAAAAUUAGGAUUCAGUGGAAACAAUCUUUCGGACUUUGGGCUUCACAGGAAUCUUGUCUAUCUGCAGCAACUUGAAAUAUUGAGUUUUAUAAGAUGUUCUUGCAUCCUUUUGCCAGUGACCAGUGCAAAAGUUUUUCCAGCAACGCUCAAGAAGUUGAAGUUGGAAAGUACUUAUCUAGAUUGGUCGUACAUGGACAUCAUAGCUGAGUUGCCUAACCUUGAGGUGCUGAAGCUGAUCGAUGAUGCUUGUGAUGGAGAAGAAUGGCAACAAAAUGUUAAGGGAUUUACUCGAUUGAAGCUUUUGUUUAUUCAUGAUAAUAGUCUCAAGUGCUGGAAAGCCACAAAUGACAACUUUCCUGUCCUUGAGCGCCUCAUGCUUAGCAAAUGCAGUACUUUGAAAGAGAUGCCCAUUGAGUUUGCAGAAAUCCACUCACUACAACUGAUUGAGCUAAAAAGUUGUCUUCCUGGACUUGGGAAAUAUGCGGCACGAAUUCAAAAAGAACAACAAGACCUCGGUAACAACCCCGUGGAUGUUCGUAUAUCCAAUCCAU